CUCAUCUCCGGCCAUUCAUUAGACGUGUUAAGCUCGUGUAGUCGUGUAGUGUGCAAAAUGAGGAACCUAAUUGUUUUGGUGUGUAUUUGCGCCGUCGCGUAUGCGCGAGCUCAAAAUUACGAGAACUUAGAUUCUUUGAGUCAAAAUCAAGAAUCAGCUGUAGAAGAAAAUUUAGCAAAUGAAAAUCCUAAUUUCGGCUCAAGACUAAGUCAAGAUGAUAACAGUCAAGUUAACGGCGAAAGAGGAAGUAUUUUAGACGAUAACUACGAACAAAACACCACACCUAGCUCUAUCUAUUACGAAGCUCAAGGUACUACGGAUAACGGCGAAAAUGGCUAUGAAGCUACUGAACGAAGUUCGGAACGCAAGGGAAGGUACCAAUCUCUGCCUGAUCAGGAAAAUGAGGAAUCUGCCCCAAGGGUGAUUGGCAGUACAACAUGUAAAGAAAAAAACGAAAGAUACUCCAUACCUGGAAGCUGUGACAGUUAUAUCGAAUGCUUGAAUGGCACAGCAGAAGAAAAACAAUGCCCAGAUGGUUUACGUUACAACCCAAAUGUGAAAUUCAAUGUUUACCCUUGCCAAUACCCCAUCGACGUCCCAUGCCUUGGGAGAGCAGCUUUACAACCAGCACAGCCUACCAACGAUUGUCCACACCAAUUCGGUUACUUCAAGACUGGUGACUCUCGCAACUGCAGUGGUUUUAGGAACUGCGUGAAUGGUGUUGGUUACGAUUUUACAUGCCCUGAAGGACUCGCCUUUAGCUCUGAUAAUUAUCGCUGCGAGUGGCCCGAUGAAGUCUCGGACUGUGACGCCGAAGCUUUCCUCGGCUUCCGUUGUCCUGAAAUACCAAUUUCAAAAGAACUCGGACCUCCAGCUGGCUUCAGAACGUACAGAUCCCCUAACGAUUGUCAAAUUUACUUCAUCUGUAUUAAUGGCAAACCUCGCCGGCUGUCCUGCGGUGGAUUCUCUGCUUAUGAUGAGUUCACCGAAUCCUGCGUCGCGGCUGAUGAAGUAUCAGCUUGCCCCGUAGAACUGAGAAACGAGGCGAAGCGGUCCAGAGACGCGGAAAAACAACGACUCACGGCUCAAGUUGCUUUCGAAAAACUUAGAUAUGCUCCACAAGACGCCACUGAAUAUCCAACAACGGUGGAACCGUUCUAUCAACCAGGACAAUUUGAAUUGAUAGAAAAUGAGACUCAAAGUCCAGAGCAAGAAUAAUUUUAACUAUAUUGUCAACUUAUACUGUUUCUAAUAAUUGUAAUUGUAUAUAAUUAUAUUUUAAUGUAAGCCAUAAACGAUCAACUCACAACGAGUAUCAUUAUAUGUAUAUUCAUAUCUCCAUUUAAUUUUUGUAAUGUAUAGUCAAUUAAU